AUCCUCCACGCGUUUUGAUCUCGUCGUCGGCAUAUCCUUUCUUUUUACCUGCCCCAGCCGAGCGCCGUUGAACCGGGCGACCAAUCCCUCCCUGCCGCCGGCGAGCAAUCUCCGCCACGGCCGCCGCAGCAGCAGCGAGGAGAGGAGGAGGGGUCCGGCCGUCCGGGAUGGGCGACGAGCGCGUGAAGGCGGAGGCGCUGCAGAUCCUGGGCCUGUUCCAGGUGCUCCCCCGCCUCGUCGUCUUCGACCUCGACUACACCCUGUGGCCCUUCUACUGCGAGUGCCGCUCGAAGAGGGAGUCGCCCAGCCUGUACCGCCACGCCAAGGGCAUCAUGUGCGCGCUCAAGGAGAAGGGGGUCGACAUGGCCAUUGCGUCGCGCUCGCCCACCUCCGACAUCGCCAGGGUCUUCAUUGACAAGCUCGAGCUCCAGCCCAUGUUCGUCGCACAGGAAAUAUUCUCCAGCUGGACUCACAAGACGGAGCAUUUCCAAAAGAUCCACAGAAAAACUGGGGUUCCGUACAAGUCCAUGCUGUUCUUUGACGACGAGGACAGGAAUAUUCAAUCGGUAUCGAAAAUGGGAGUUACUAGUGUUCUGGUAAACAACGGGUUGAAUCUCGACAUGUUUAAGUUGGGCCUCAGUAAUUUUGCUACUACUGCUGCUGCACCUGAACCCGCACCUGCACCAGAGGACAAGUAACCUUAUAUUGUACAAGUAAAAACAGCAGACAGGGAAAACGCCCAUGAUUUACGGAUACUUGUGAAAAAUAAGCCUGUAUUUCUUGUAGUUGAUUGCCCUUGCUCAUGGGCAGUAAAGCAAGGAUGACUACUACUGAAACCAUUCUGUGUGUAAGCUUGUGUUACUUGUGAAAGUGCGUUCCUUGUGAAAGGAAAUGAAUUUGGAACCAUUUGGUUGACGAUGUUAAA